AUUUUCACUGGCACAGCCGCAGGCAGAGGCAAAGAGGAAAGUGCCGCUUCUUCUUCUACUCCUCUCCUCUCCUCUCUAGACCUGCGGUUAAAAUCUAACCCUGGGUUUAGACUUUAGAGGAGACUACACGUCAGUUCUCUUCCUCACUGGGGUGGGGGCUGCGCCUGUGCGAUUCUUUUUUCUUUUUAUCCCCUUUCUUUCUUUCUUUCUUACAAAUUUCAAUCAAAUAUAUGUCAGUUUCGCAUUUCCCCUUCUUCAGUUUCUCCGUUGGAUUGCAUGUUGUUAGUGCUGGUUCCAUUUCAGGAGCCACAAUUCCGAUUCCACAUCCGAUCAAAGAGCCAUGGCGGCUAAGAAGGCUUGCGAGUCUUUUUCCAAGUCCCUCAUAGAGGACGUCCAGAGAUGGGGUGCCAUGAAGCAGACGGGAGUCAGCUUGAGGUAUAUGAUGGAGUUUGGCUCCAGACCUACACAAAGGAAUUUGUUGAUUUCUGCUCAAUUCCUUCACAAGGAAUUGCCUAUUAGGAUUGCUAGGAGAGCUAUCGAACUCGAGACUCUUCCUUAUGGCUUAUCGGAAAAACCCGCCGUUUUGAAGGUGCGAGAUUGGUACCUGGACUCUUUCCGCGAUCUCAGAUCUUUUCCUGACAUCAAGGAUUCCAAUGAUGAGAGGGAUUUUACUCAAAUGAUUAAGGCAAUUAAGGUCAGACAUAACAAUGUGGUUCCUAUGAUGGCUUUAGGUGUCCAACAAUUGAAGAAAGGCAUGGAUCCAAAGAUUGUAUAUGAAGAUCUCGAUGAGAUUCAUCAGUUUCUGGAUCGGUUUUACAUGUCCAGAAUUGGAAUCAGAAUGCUUAUCGGUCAGCAUGUGGAGUUGCACAAUCCCAAACCCCCUCCUCAUUGCAUAGGCUAUAUUCAUACAAAAAUGUCUCCGGUUGAAGUUGCACGAAAUGCCAGUGAGGAUGCUCGUGCUAUUUGUUUACGAGAAUAUGGCAGUGCUCCUGAUGUUAAUAUUUAUGGGGAUCCCAAUUUUACAUUCCCAUAUGUUCCAGCACACUUGCAUCUUAUGGUAUUUGAGUUAGUCAAGAAUUCCUUGCGUGCUGUUCAAGAGCGUUUUAUGGACUCAGACAAAAUUGCACCUCCUGUCCGGCUAAUAGUCGCUGAAGGAAUCGAGGAUGUAACUAUAAAGGUUUCUGAUGAGGGGGGUGGAAUACCUAGAAGUGGUCUUCCCAAAAUUUUCACAUAUCUUUACAGCACUGCAAAAAACCCACUAGAUGAACAUGCUGAUCUCGGAACUGCUGAUUCAGUCACAAUGGCUGGAUAUGGGUAUGGGCUUCCUAUUAGCCGAUUGUAUGCCAAGUAUUUUGGAGGAGAUCUGCAAAUUAUAUCCAUGGAAGGAUAUGGCACUGAUGCAUAUCUUCAUUUAUCACGAUUGGGAGAUUCGCAGGAGCCUCUGCCAUGAAUGUUCAACUAAGUUGACCUUAAACUGAACUAUUAGUAGCUGACUCUUGGCAGGAUUGAAUGCUCUGAAAGGAUGCAACUACUUUUAAUUGUCCAGUCCAACAAAUUGGCGGAUAUGUAAAUGCCCAUAACGUUCUAUAUUAUGGAUGAUAAUUUAUUCACAUCGCUGGUUGUUUACUUUUCUGUUUUUAUGCACAUUCAAAAUACGUUGGAAGCUAUGGUCUGCUGCUACAGCCUCCUAACUGCGUGUACAAGGAACUAUUUAUGAGGCUGCUUGUCUUUAGACACCCUCAAAUGAUUGAUCAUAA